AUGAGUGUCUUGUCAAUCCCUCAUCUAAUGCUCACCAUCACUGCUGUUGGUUUCGAUACAUCUCGACCACUGGCACGGGACUGGCCGCCAUUAUUCGGCAUGCCUGAAGAUUUGACAAACGAGGCUGACAUCAAUAUAUCCGCCGGUCCCUUACCACUCACGGACGUUAUCUCCACUGCCUUUUUCCUCUCGGGACUCGUUCAUCAACUCGGCGAGCGCGUCCCUCUCAAACGUGUUAGUUAUGGUCCUGGCGGCGGGUCUCUUCUGUUCUUCUCCCUCCAGCCACUUGCCAUUGGUUCUGAAACGCUUGUUUCGCUCUAUUUUCGACACAUUUCACCAUCCCCGGCAUGGUGCCGAGCCCUUGGAACAGCUUGCGUGGUUGCGUGGUUCGUGCUGACAUUGCCGAUAAUGCAGGACCCACUGUUGCGAACGGGUGAGAUGGACCCGAAAGUCAAUGUCAGUUUCGUGAUGUGGCUCAUCGGGACGGGGGGAUUUGGAGCAGUCGUGGAUCUGCUCGUUCGAGUGCUCGAGAAUGAGUGA